GACAACCAGCCAGACUCCCUGAAAUCAUGUUGGUGGGAUCCCAGUCCUUCUCACCUGGAGGACCCAAUGGGAUUAUCAGAAGCCAGUCCUUUGCGGGAUUCAGCGGCCUUCAGGAGAGGCGAUCCAGAUGUAACUCCUUUAUUGAAAAUCCCUCCGCUCUCAAGAAGCCUCAGGCCAAACUGAAGAAAAUGCACAAUUUAGGACACAAAAACAAUAACCCGCCCAAAGAGCCUCAGCCGAAGAGGGUGGAAGAGGUCGUCAGAGCCUUGAAAAAUGGACUUGAUGAGUAUCUGGAGGUUCACCAGACGGAGUUGGACAAGUUAACAGCGCAGUUAAAAGAUAUGAGACGGAACUCCCGUCUGGGUGUCCUGUAUGACCUAGACAAGCAAAUUAAAACGAUUGAAAGAUACAUGAGGCGCCUGGAGUUUCACAUCAGUAAGGUGGACGAACUCUAUGAAGCUUAUUGCAUCCAAAGACGCCUGCAAGACGGAGCCAGCAAAAUGAAGCAAGCCUUCGCAGCCUCCCCUGCCAGCCGAGCUGCCCGGGAGAGUCUGUCCGAGAUCAGUCGCAGCUACAGGGAGUACACCGAGAACAUGUGCACCAUUGAAGCAGAGCUGGAGAAUCUGCUGGGGGAGUUCUCCAUCAGGAUGAAAGGUCUGGCUGGUUUUGCUCGCCUCUGUCCUGGAGACCAAUAUGAAAUUUUCAUGAAGUACGGCCGGCAGAGGUGGAAACUGAAAGGCAAGAUAGAAGCGAACGGCAAGCAGAGCUGGGACGGAGAAGAGGUCGUGUUCCUGCCUCUGAUCGUGGGAUUCAUUUCCAUCAAGGUCACGGAACUCAAAGGGCUCGCGACUCACCUCCUGGUCGGCAGCGUGACCUGCGAGACCAAAGAGCUGUUUGCCGCCCGACCUCAGGUGGUGGCCGUUGACAUCAAUGACCUUGGCACCAUCAAACUGAGCCUGGAGAUCACGUGGUACCCAUUUGACGUGGAAGACGCGACCCCCUCCUCGGGAGCCGGGAACAAGGCGGCAGCCCUGCAGAGGAGAAUGUCCAUGUACAGCCAGGGCACCCCGGAGACGCCCACCCUGAAGGAUCACUCCUUCUUCCGCUGGCUGCACCCUCCUGCGGACAGGCCGCGGCGGCUGUCCGUCCUGGGUGUCUUGCAGGACACUUUCCUGGCCAAGCUGCACUGCAGCCGCUCCCUCAGUGACCUGCCCUCCCUCAGGCUGCGACCCAAGGCCGGGCUAGAGUUUUACGCUAACCUGCCUGAUGACGUCUUUGAGAACGGCAAGGAGGCGGCCGAGAAGACGCCGCUGUCGCUCAGCCUCGGCGAGCUGCCGCACGAGGCCGGCGCCGCGGCCGCGCCCCCGCCCGACGCUCCGCCCCGCGCAGGCGCAGCCAGCCCGCCCGACGCCCCGCCCCGCGCAGGCGCAGCCAGUCCCGCCAUCACCGUCACGCCCGCCGAGCGCUGCCCGCGCGACGACGAGGGCGCGCGCCCGCCCGGCGCCGCCGCCGCUCCCGGGAGCCCCUGGCGACGAGCCCCGGAGGCCGAGGCGGCCCCGGGGGCGCGCCGGGCGUCGGCCGAGCGCCCGCUGCUGGAGAAGGACGUGGCCGAGGCGCUCCUGCGCGAGUCGGACGAGGCCUCGGAGCUGAAACCGGUGGAGCUGGACACUUCGGAGGGAAACCUCACGAAGCAGCUGGUGAAGAGGCUCACGUCGGCCGAGGCGCCGGCGGCCGCGGACCGGCUGCUGUCGGAGGGCUCCGUGAGCGGGGAGUCGGAGGGCUGUAGGUCGUUCCUGGACGGCAGCCUGGAGGACGCCUUCAGCGGGCUCUUCCUCGCGCUGGAGCCGCACAAAGAGCGCUACAAGGAGUUCCGGGACCUGAACCAGGAAGUCAAGCAUUUGGACGACAUUCUAAAAUGUAAGCCAGCCGGAAACCACAGCCGGUCUUCCAGUUUAAGUCUUACAGUCGAAAGUGCUUUAGAAAGCUUUGAUUUCCUGAACACCUCUGAUUUUGACGAGGAGGAGGAGGAUGGUGAUGAGGUUUGUAAUGUUGGAGGAGGCACGGACUCGGUAUUUUCAGACACCGAGACGGAGAAAAAUAGCCCUUACAGGUCAGUACACCCAGAGGCCAGGGGACACCUGAGCGAAGCACUGACGGAAGACACAGGAGUCGGGACGAGUGUGGCCGGAAGCCCCCUGCCGCUGACCACAGGCAACGAGAGCCUCGACAUCACCAUUGUCAGGCACCUCCAGUACUGCACCCAGCUCGUUCAGCAAAUUGUUUUCUCAAGCAAAACCCCAUUUGUGGCGAGCAAUCUCUUGGAGAAGCUUUCCAGGCAAGUCCAAGUGAUGGAGAAGCUGUCAGCCGUCAGCGAUGAGAACAUAGGGAACAUCAGUUCCGUCAUCGAAGCCAUCCCAGAAUUUCACAAAAAGCUGUCUUUGCUGUCAUUCUGGACGAGGUGCUGCAGCCCAGUGGGGGUCUACCACAGCUCAGCAGACAGGGUGAUGAAGCAGCUGGAAGCCAGCUUUGCCAGAACGGUCAACAGAGAAUAUCCAGGACUCGCAGACCCAGUGUUUCGAACCCUGGUGUCCCAAAUCCUGGACCAGGCUGAGCCUCUGCUCCCCUCCAGCCUCUCUUCAGAAGUCAUCACUGUUUUCCAGUAUUAUAGUUACUUUACCAGCCACGGUGUGAGCGACCUAGAGAGCUACUUGAACCAGCUGGCCAAGCAAGUUUCCUUGAUUCAGACUCUGCAGUCGCUAAGAGAUGAGAAACUGCUCCAGGCCAUGAGUGACCUUUCUCCCGGCAGCCUCUCGGCCCAGCAGGAAGUACUCGGGACCCUGGCCAUGCUGCUGACUGGGGAUGACCAGCAGGCUCGUGAAGCUGGAAUGCUGUACUUGGCUGCAGCCUCCAGAAAUGAGCACUUCAGGGAAAAGGCCCUGCUCUACUACUGUGAGGCGCUGACAAAGGCAAACCUCCAGCUCCAGAAGGCAGCCUGCCUGGCCCUGAAAAGCCUGCAGGCCACCGAAAGCAUCAAGAUGCUGGUGACCUUGUGUCAGUGCGACACUGAGGAGAUCAGACACGUGGCCUCGGAGACCCUCUUGUCUCUCGGAGAAGAUGGACGGCUGGCGUAUGAACAGCUGGACAAAUUUCCUCGAGACAGUGUUAACGUCGCAGGGCGACAUGGGGCUGAAGUCGCCACGGCCUUUUAAGGAGCUCUGCCUAACAGCUGUCUUAAUAAAUGGCCCUGUUCAUGAAGAUGGUGCUGGGAUUUAGCAGGAAUGUUUAAAACCUGAAGAGUUCCACUUAGGUUGUCUGGAAACGUAAGAUGGUACAGAUAGAAUUCAAAGUCGAGUACCUCUCUGUUUUCCCUUUGGCCAGUAGAAUAGGGCUGUGUAUGACUCCGUAGAUUACAAUGUCAACUGAGUCUGACAGUACUUAGUAAAAGAGUCUAUUUUAUCUCCUACGUAUGGAAUUUUAAAACAGCCAUCUUUGUACUUUUUUGGGAGUUCUUCUCUAAGCCUGAAGUCGUCACGUGAUACUUUGAUGCCUAUCAUCCACCUUGUGGUGUUUCUCUGUCGGGUCCUGAGGGUCGAGUGGCCCCACCAGCUACCUAAUUUUACCUUAAAUGGAAAGCACAAGAAAGAAUUUCUUCAAAUAAAGGUUUACCUGCAGGACUUGGUAAAAUGACACAUUGUAAGAGUUUAACAUUUUUUUAACUUCAUUUUCCCCCCCAAGCCUCCACUACUGCUUUUGUUUCUUUUCUCCAUCCCGACACUUCCCAAAGCACGUUUCCGUGGUGGUUGGAAGACAGGUAGGUGACUAAGGACUACCUUAUUGAGGGGACACCCGUACUCCUUAAAAGAAGACAUUCAAAGUUGAAGCUUUUUUGAACAAGAGCCAUUUUUUUUUUUUAUGAUACUUUUACAACAGAGGUAUUUUGCUGCUAAGACAAAUCAAAACCAAAAGUUGUGGACUCAGAAAGCUCUGAUGCUCUUUGGAGUUCUCAGAAAGUAGAACAGGGAACCUGCAGAGGAGACUCACAAGUGGUCCUUAGAGGAAGAAGCAAGCCCGGAGGAACGAGGGGCUUGCUGCCCCAGAGAAGUCACUCGUCGCUGGGUGGGACCUCUUGGCCAAAUAGUUAGAACAACAGCCCCCCCCUUACUGCUUCUGCAUCAGGGCAGCAAGUCAACUAAAUAAACUACAAGACCACUCGCUAGCUCCUACUAACUUUCCUUCCUCUUAGGAGUGUACACGGUGGGGGCUGCCAAGAUACCAGAAUGUGUGAGUGUGAUUCAAACUGGAAAAUCAACUAUUCUGGAUGUGUUUGUAUCAAAUAUUUAGGUGUCGUUUUAAAUAUUUACAUUUUAGCAAGACCUUUAACAACAACUCUUAUUCCAUUUUAAAGUAAAAAUUGUUUGCCAGGCUUCCUGGCAAAUAGUCCUUUCAACUGUGAAGUUACAAUGUGUAUAUAUAUCUGUAUAUUUAUAAAUAUUAUAUAUAUGCAUAUAUCCUUCAUUUUAAAGGUACAUUGUACAGUCUGUAGGUAGCAUGUAUAGUCGGUAGCCUAUAGUCUCUGUUCAAUGGUUGAAAUGAUUCUUUUUAUAGAAAAUCAAAUCACAAGUGUUAGAGUUUUGUUAGUUUCGUUUUUGUUUUCUAAUUUUUUGAAUAUUGCAUGAGUAAUUAAUUCCCUAUCUUUUGUAUUCAUUUCUGCAUUUUAUUUUUGCUCGGAGAGUGUGCCUUUAGUUUUGUGGCAUUUGUAUUCAUCACUCUUUCAAUCAUGUAAGUUAAAAUAAAAAUUAUUUUUGAAUUAUUA